AUGGCUGUGGAGACGCAGUUCAAAUGGCAACGAAUGGUUUAUAAUUGCUACAAGGGCUGGUACGCGUCAAAUGGAAUAAAUAGCAAGUUUCCCGUAGUUAUCGACGGAGACAAGCUUGUGAACGAGACGCGAGAGCAAAUGGAAAAGCUUUGUGAGAUGUUGGGGCUAGACGUUUCAAACACGAGGUACUCCUGGGAUGCGACAAAGAGUUUUCCAAACAUAGCAUAUGAGUACUUCGGUGGAACAAUUGGUCGUUCGACUGGGGUUAUACGAAAAGAGGAAUCUGUUGACGCUCCGGUCUUAGACGACGAAAUGAAGAAGUGGGCGGAAGAAUGGGAUGAUGAGACAGCAAGUUUAAUGAGGAGAUACACUGAGAAAGCGAUGCCAGAUUUUCAGUUUCUGCUGGCACGUAGUAUUUGA